AUGCUUUUAGUCAUCAUCUGCCUUUUUUCGAACACUCGCGAAUCUUCAAGAGAAUUUUUGACGGCUGCAAAUUCCCAGGGAAUGAGCGUAAAUGAGUUUGCCUACAUUCUCCCAUGGUUACAGGAUGGAGCAAAAGAUGUUUCACCUUGGAUUGGAUCCGAUGGAGCGAUAUUGCAAAAAGUCAAGGAUCAAUAUGCCAAUUCUAUUAUUUUUAUAGCAUUUAAUUUUACUCACGCCCAUCAUAAAAAUACAUACAAUACCAAAACGGAAUCGUUUCAGAUAGACGACGUGAACAGUUUCGACAAUUCGAUAAUUACUCCUUUCUUGGAUCGGAUAAAGGUUGCUGGUCUAACAGAAGCGGACGUAGACCUCGCAAAUAUCUACGGUUAUCUCUACCUCUUUGACGCCUUGAAACUUUAUGCCUUGACAGCAAAGAAAGUCAUGAACGAAACUGGAGAAGCAAGAAACCUAGUGAACGGUAGACUAAUGUGGAAUGCAAUGAGGAGAAUGAAAUAUGAAGGUAUGAAAAACUCUAAGGGUUCUCAUCGGCCAAAAAAUGUU